AUGUACAAAGUGGAUUUGCCUGUAGAUCCAUCCAUUGAAAACGCAGUGAAGAUGCGAAGGUCUGCAGAAACAGCACGCAAGGCCCGCAUCUUCAACACCCGGCUGCGUGUGAUGGGCCUCGAUCUUGAUGCUCUCAACCAACAGGUCCAGGAGAAAAAACAUCAUCAAAACAUGGAGAAACAACGGGACAAAGCUUUCGAUAAGCUGAGAAAAUAUCAUGGUGAAGCACUGCUUCAGCAAGACAUUGAUGGAAGAGAGAAGCAAGCAGCUUUACACACUGACCUGACCAAGUAUUGGGCCACUCAUCAACGUGUAGAGGACACGCGUGAUGCUGAUCUCAAGUGUGGCCUGAAGGGGGCAUUCAGGAUCACCAUUCCAGAGGAUAAGCUGGGGCCUGCCAGUAUGACAAUAUUUCAGGGAGAGGAUAUCGGAGAAGAGCAGAGGAGGAGAGAACAAAAGAAAAAGACAGACAGAGAUCUGCGAGCACAGAAAGAAGACAAUGAGAGAAGGCUUUUAGGAGACAAGCACAGAGAGAUGCUGGUGAGCAAAGAGCUGGUGCAUCAAGACUGUCAGGGGCUUCAGCUUCGUGCACUCGAGGAGGAGUGUAAGAAAGCUGCCCGAGUUGCAUUGGACAGCUACAAUCAAGCUCUGGCUGCCGAGCAGACAGAAACACUGAAGGAGCAGCACUGGCGAGAAGAGAGGGAGAAUCUUGCAGAGAUGCAGCACACUCUGACAUCCGACAUGAUGACAGAGUGUGCUGAGGCAGCGGCGGGAGAGGUGGGAGGAGGGAGGCUGCCACUGGUUCUGGUGGACAGAUGGAAGGGUAUGACCCCUGAGAAACUGAGCGUCAUCCACAGGGAGAGAGAAGAACAACGUCUUGAGAGACAGAGACAACGAGAAGGUAAAAAGAUUCAGGAUGCAGCUUGCAAACUCCAGCUCCUGAAGCUGUCCAGAGAAGCAGAGGAGGAGGAGAGCAGAGCAGAGGAGCUGAGGAGAGAGAAGAGGAUUCAGACAGACCGUUACAACAUGCAGCUGGCAGGAGAGCAACAGGCAUACCAGGAGUACCUGAACAAGAAGCUAUACACCAACAAACCCAGCAAGGACUACUUUGAUCAAUUCAACAGCAGCUCCCGCUGACAACACAGGCGUGUCUCUUUGUGACAAUGUGCUAAUAAAAUCUACUGAUUGUUGUACUCACACUCAAUAUACAUUGAAUGUUCUUUAAUCAAUACAUCUUUCUCAUUUGAAGUGACACACAUGCAUUGAUCUACAGAUACUGAUGAAAAAGAAGGGACCCUUUUUGCUUUUUUGGUACAGAUUGUUCCGCGUAUUUUAUUUUUUCGUUAUAAAACCAGUUACAGUGGUAGAUUCAUAUUGCAGUUACAGUUAUAUUGGCCCCAUAUGUAGUACACAUCCACCCACCUCAUGCCGUUCACGUCAUCAGUCCCAUUGUGCACAGCACAGCACAGAGGCAACUCGACACCCGGAUGUGACUCACACUUCCUAGCCUUAUUCUGUUUUUAAAUAAUGUGUAUUCC